UCUCUCUCUCUCUCUCUCUCUCUCUCUCUCUCUCUCUCUCUCUCUCUCUCAACUCCUCCGUUUAGUUUGCGGUUAUUGAUGCAAAAAGACACCCUUGGAGCGAGGUCGUCUGAAGCCAACUCUCCCUUCGCCCCAGGACGAGAGCGCUCUUUUCCAAACAGAAGAUCGAUUUGGGAAUUUUUUUUCCCCAUCCUCCCCGUUUCUUCUUCUUCUUCUUUGCUAGUUUAGCCAAAUUGGCGGAGUGAAGGGGCGAAAGAGGUAUGGCUCGACCUGUUCCUUUGAACCCAGCUUUCCUACCUCCAACUUAUGGGGUGCUGAAAUCCCUGCUGGAAAACCCGCUCAAGCUGCCGCUGCAUCACGAAGAUGCAUUUUAUAAAGAAAAAGACAAAGACAAAAAACUGGAUGACGACAGUACCAGCGCCACUGUCCCACAGUCUGCUUUUCUGGGGCCUACGUUAUGGGACAAGACACUUCCCUAUGAUGGUGACACUUUCCAGUUGGAAUACAUGGACCUGGAAGAAUUUCUCUCAGAGAAUGGCAUCCCUCCCAGUCCAGCCCAGCACAACCACAGCCCUCAUCAACCAGCUCUUCAGCAACCUACCUCAGCCUCACCAUCUGUCAUGGACCUCAGCAACAGAGCAUCCACAUCGGUCCACCCAACUAUGGUUUCCCAAAACUGCAUGCAAAAUACAGCCAGGCCAGGUCAGAUCUUGCCUACAAACCGAAACACGCCAAGUCCCAUUGAUCCCGACAGCAUUCAGGUUCCAAUUGGGUAUGAACCAGACCCUGCCGAUCUUGCUCUUUCUAGCAUUCCUGGUCAGGAAAUGUUUGACCCUCGCAAGCGCAAGUUCUCUGAGGAGGAGCUCAAGCCCCAGCCGAUGAUUAAGAAAGCUCGCAAAGUCUUCAUUCCCGAAGAUCUGAAGGUAACUUGGGACUGGUGUCUAGGGCGAUGCCGAGGUCCAGGCUCAAAGGGGAAAAGGUAAAUUGGAGGAUGCACAGGUAGAUAGAUUAUACCA